AUGGCCUUAUCUGUUGAGACGCGCGUGGGCGGGGUUCCAACCCCGCCUAGGUUACAGGCAGGGAUGCCACCUGCGGUGACAACUCUGCUGGCACCNUUGGAUGACAGUCAACUCAAAGUGCGAGAGCUAGCAGACAUGGUAGGCAUUUCAAAAAGUGCUGUACAUCGCAUUUUAACUGAAAAUUUGGACAUGAGAAAGCUGUGCGCAAGAUGGGUGCCGCGUUUGCUCACAAUGGGACAAAAACAGCGUCGUGAGGAUGUUUCAAUCGAGUCUUUGGCAAUGUUUCGCAGCAACAAAGCCGCGUUUUUGCGUCGAUUCAUAACCAUGGAUGAAACAUGGGUCCAUCACUUCACACCUGAGACGAAAGAACAGUCGAAACAAUGGACUGAAAGGGGAGAAUCAGCUCCAAAGAAGGAGAAAACAGUUCCAGCUGCUGGCAAGGUCAUGGCGUCAGUUUUUUUGGAUACGCCCAGGAAAAGCAAUCAACGGCAAGUAUUAUGCGAACUUAUUGCAGCGCUUGAGUGA